AUGGCGGCCAAUCACAGGCACACAAACCCUCACUCCCCUUCCAAGGAAAAGGCAAGCAAAGUCCUCACCAAGCUCCAGCAGGCGCCCGAACUUACCGUCACUUUCAGAAGAUGGUGGAGAAGGAAGCUGCAGGUACCAGAGUUUGAGAAAGGGCUGCAGGAAUCUCGACCUUCGGCCAGCUCAAAGGCUGUGAACCCCACCACUGCUAUUAAGAAGGAUGUCAGCCAGGAAAUGGGACAACUGACCAGCACGCUUUCUCCACAGGAGCCUUGUCCCAUUGAAGGAGGAAUGAUGAUUAAAGCCCCUGGACUGCAAAGAGAAAGAAACACUGAUGAAGAGAGCCAGGAAAAUGUACGAGCAAAGUGUGAACUGGUGUUUUCCCUGAUUUCUCACUACAGAGAAGGGCUCACUUGUGGGUCUUUUGCAGGCUCCUUCCUGGACUAUUAUGCUGCUGACGUCAGUUACCCAGUUAGGAAAGCCAUCCAGGACGGGGAUCUGGAGGCUGACUUCCCAAAGGUCAAUUAUGCCGACCUGGAGGAUUCUGAGGAGGAGACCUCCGUGGGCGGGAAGAGGCCCCGCAAGAAGAUUCUCCCUGACCGGAUGAGGGCUGCUCGGGACCGAGCCAACCAGAGGCUCGUGGACUUCAUCGUGAAAACGAAGGGGGCCGAUCACCACCUUCUGGACAUUGUCAAAGGCAGGAAACAGUCCAGGUGGCUGACAUCGUUUCUGAAUUCCAACAGGUACACGCUCUGCGUUGAAACAUACCUGGAGGAUGAAGACCAGUUGGAUGUCGUGGUGGGACAUUUACAAGAAAUCUACAAACAAAUAGACAAGAAGAGGCUGACUCUGGCAAGGGACGACAAAGUGAGUUUUGUUCUGGAAGUUCUUCUGCCAGAAGCAAUCAUUUGUUCAAUUGCUGCACUUGACGGAUUAGGUUAUAAGGAGGCAGAAGAAAAGUACCUACGGGGCCCACCCGUGCAUUACCGAGAAAAAGAGCUGUUUGAUAAAAAUAUCUUAAAGAAAAUGCGAUAGAGAUCGGCACCAAGGGGCAAAGCUAAUAAGUAAGCCCUCCUGUGCCCACACUGCAGCAGGGAGACCUCUCAUUGCCUGUCUGUAUGCAAUGCGGGAUCCUUCCAUUCUCUAUGCCAUGUACAUACGUUCUAGGAGUUUGAGACCCCGGGAACAUGCUGGGUUCAUUUUGGAUCCAUCUGUGGCACUUGUGCGUAGCACGGCCACCAUCGUUUCUAGUUCUCAAACGCCUUGCAAACUAAUUUGAUAAAAAAAAAA